AUGUUGGCGCUCUUUUUGACCGCCGAGCUCAACGGCGUAACCGAUCUGGCCCCCAUCGACACCGAGGACAGCCCUUUCUACUACACAUUCAAAGUGCAAUGUACUUCAUGUCGUGAAGUUCACCCAAACUGGGUCAGCGUGAGCAGAUUUGUGUCCGGCAGCAGGGGUGAAGCCAACUUUGUCUGGAAGUGCAAGAACUGCAAGGUUUGUCCAUUCUUCUUGAUCCUCUCUUCUGAACACUCUGCAACCAUCAAAGAAGCACCCAAGCCCUACAUCCACGGCGACACCCCCAAGGCCCAAAAGAUCAUCGAGUUCGACUGCAGAGGUCUCGAAUUUGUCGAGUUCAAGCCAGAUUGGAAAGCCACCGGCAUCGACUCAAACACAAAGUUCGACGCCAUCGAUCUGACAGAAGGCGAUUGGUACGACUACGACGAAAAGGCCAGCGAAGAAGUCAGCAUUCAAGGUCAAAAGUGGGAGAUCAAGCGCGCAUAA